AUGUCUUCUCUGAUUGGCAAAAGUCGCAAGCCGAAGUUUGAGCUUCACCUCAAAAUAUAUGACCUGAAUAACGUCCCAUUGGUCAACGGCAACUCAUAUAUAAAAUGGCAUCUCUCACAUUCCAUGCACGCAGAUCAUCGCGGACGCACGGGAAAGUGCCCCAUCGCAAAUCACAGAGUCGAUUACGACUUUGGCAGAAUCGUGCCCUCUAUCCGCAUCUCUAUUGACAAGAGCAACAUGCUCUCUGAGUGCCCCUUUGAGCUCGAGAUUCUGCAAGAAUUUGCCGUGGCCGAAAAAAUCACCCUCGGCCAUAUCAAGCUAAAUUUGAGCGAAUUUGUCGAAGAAAGCGAGCCAUACAGCCGGGACGCUCUGUCGCCUCCCCGAAUUCGCAAACAAAGCACUGGUGGAAGCAGUAUCAGCCUCUCCUCGAAUCGUCGAACGAGUUCAGAGAGCCGCCCUGCCCAAGAAGGCAUCGUUCGACGAUAUCUGAUGCAGGACAGCAAAAUCAAUAGCACCCUCAAGAUUGGGAUUCUCAUGAUCCAAAUCGAUGGCGACCGUAACUUUGCAGCACCCUCGCUCAAAACGGCUCCUGUAUUCGGCGGCAUUACCGGAUUCAUGGACCCCAACCAAAUUGAAGAUGACACUGGACAGGUUCAAGACCUCUACCGCCGCACAUUAGCUGCAUCAUGGUCCAAACAGCCCGCACAGCUCCCUGCUGAUGAAUGCAUCGAAGAUAUUUUCGCUGGCGGCAACGGUUGGAAGGCUCCCAAAACGGGUUCUUCCAAGCGCGAGCUCUCUUCUUCCAACACGGACCCCGAGGACUUGGAGAUUGACGACCUUGGUAAUAGCGGUACUCUGCGUCCUUCCGACUUCCGUCGUCUUGGUCUCAGCAACCAUCGUCGACACCCCAGUGCCUCCUCCGACAAGAGCGUUUCCACCGUCACUGGCGGUGGCCAUCACCGCGAUUCCCCCAGCCCGCGCAAGUCGCAUACUCCCCUUAACAGCCGCCUGUCUUCACACGACGAGGGCCAUCACGCCGUCCGCAGCAGUCGCAGCGACAGCAUCGCCAGUCUUGUUCCGACUUUGGGCAGCAGCUCGGGAACAGAGAACGGGCGUGGAGAGACAAGUUACAAGCAUCAGCGCGAGGUUAAUGAAGAUGAACUCCGCGAUGACUUCGUGGCUUGGCAACUUCCCGGGCAAGAAAGCCUGACCGGUCUGAAAUGGCCUCUGAAAUGUAAAUAA